UGUUUCGUCAUCGACUCCACGCGACGUUGAUCAAAUUCGUUCGCGACUGCACUUAUCUGUCGAUCCGAAGCUCAAGCUCUCAUGAUUCCACGGAUUCUCGCUGGACGACGCCAUCGGACACUGGGAACUUCCAUCAAACACUUCGACAGCCCAAGUUGUUUUGGUUUAUCGUUUGCCCACCAACCAUUCGACGGAAGUCCUCUUAGGAGUUCCACUGAUCAAAGACGCCUCCAUUUCUUCUACUUAGGUAGAAAUUUCCAUAGGCAGGGCCUAAGCCUGCUCUUGAGAGCUCCGCGUUCCGAAAUUUCCCUCGACUGUUCACCAUGCUCUUGCGUUGGCAGCCUGCCUGGUGGAAUUCUCAGACGGCAACUGCACGGCACCUCACUGCUUGACAACUGCAUAAAGUGUGCGGUAGUGAAUGAGGGCAUGGAUGUCUUCAAGUCGAUGCCUGAGAGGAAUGAGGCCGGUUGGAAUCCACUAUUCACAGGAUGCACUCAGAAAGUUCCACUGGGUGUUGGGGGAACUAUGCCUAACCCCUUGACAUUUGCAACAAGUCUUGCAUCUGCAGCAGCGCAGGGUCUAAUUUUGAAGGGAAGACGGAUACAUACCUAUUUGAUUAAGUUUGGUCAUCAAAAUACAGUUUUUGUGUGCAAUUCUCUGAUCAACAUGUACUCCAAGUGUGGCCUUGUCCAGGAGGCAAGAGCAGUGUUCGAUCGCAUGGCAAACCGAGAUACAGUUUCUUGGAAUGCAAUGCUUGCAGGGCUUGUGCUGAAUGGUUAUGGUGCUGAAGCAGUCGAGAAGUUUCAUCAUAUGAGAGCCGCUGGCCUGAAAGCAACAGAAGCGAGCUUUGCUACUAUUAUCAAGUUGUGUGCUGACCUUAGACAUAUAGAUCUUGCUCAACAGCUCCAUUGCUGUGCGGUGAAAGAAGGGCUUGAACUGGAUGCUAAUGUAAUUACAGCACUAAUGGUGGUUUACAACAAAUGCAGCAAGAUGGAUGAAGCAUUUGAACUUUUUUCCAUAUUGGGAACUCGAACAGUGGUUUCAUGGACUGCUAUGAUCAAUGGAUUUCUAAAAAAUGGACACGUUGAUCGAGCUGCACUUCUCUUCAGCCAAAUGAGAAGAGAGUAUAUUGAGCCAAAUGAAUUCACCUACUCCAUUCUAUUGGCAGCUUCACCUCAGAUAUUUCCCAUUCAGAUUCAUGCCCAAGUGAUCAAGACCCGAUACCAAGAAGUCCCUUCCGUAGGCACAGCCCUGCUGGCAGCCUAUACUAAAUUAGGAAACCCCAGCGAUGCAUUCUUUGCAUUUAAGGCGAUCAAAGAUAAGGAUAUUGUGGCUUGGUCUGCAAUGUUAGCAAGUUAUGCCCAAGCUGGUGAUUCUGAAGGGGCAGCCAAACUGUUCAUUGAGAUGGCUAGAAAUGGUAUCAGGCCAAAUGAGUUCACCUUGUCUAGUGCAGUUGAUUCAUGUGCAAGCUCCACAGCCUCUGCAGAUCAGGGGAAGCAGUUCCAUGCCUUAUCGAUGAAGCUAAGAUAUGAUGGCACACUUUGUGUAAGUAGUGCACUCGUCACCAUGUAUGCAAGGAGAGGGAACAUAGAGAAUGCUCAGGGAGUCUUUGAGAGGCAAAAAGCAAGGGACCAGGUUUCAUGGAAUGCAAUGCUGAUGGGUUAUGCUCAGCAUGGUUAUGGCCAGAAAGCCCUAAAAUUAUUUAAAGAGAUGGAAGAGAGUGGCAUUGAACUAGACAGAAUCAGCUUCAUUGGUGUCAUCACUGCAUGCACACACACGGGGCUCGUGGAGGAAGGCAAGAUGUACUUCAAGUCGAUGGUUGAAAAUUAUCACCUCAGCCCAACUGUUGAGCACUAUGCCUGUGUAGUUGACCUUCUUAGUCGUUCAGGUAAACUCAAAGAAGCAAUGACUCUGAUUAAUGAGAUGCCAUUUCCAGCAACAGCAACCGUGUGGCGCACACUCUUGGGUGCCUGCAGGCUUCACCGAAACAUUGAACUCGGAGAGUUUGCUGCAGAGAAGUUAAUAUCACUCGAACCAUCACAUUCUGCAGCCUAUGUUCUCUUAUCUAACAUAUAUGCAGCUGCUGGAAAAUGGGAAGAAAGAUCCAACAUUAGGAGGCUAAUGGAUUCUAGAAAAGUGAAGAAAGAAGCUGGGUACAGUUGGAUUCAAGUGAAGAACAAAGUGCAUUCCUUCUUAGCUUCAGAUAUGAGCCAUCCUUUAUCAUAUCAGAUAUAUGCAAAGCUUCAAGAAAUCACUAUUCGGUUGAAAGAAAAAGGUUAUCAACCGAAUACAGACUUUGUGCUUCAUGACAUGGAAGAGGAGCAUAAAGAGACGAUGCUAGCUCAGCACAGUGAGAGACUUGCCAUUGCUUUUGGGCUGAUAGCUACACCUCAUGAGACCCCCCUCCAGAUUGUGAAGAACCUUAGAGUUUGUGGUGAUUGCCACAAUGUGAUUAAGCUAAUAUCAGAAAUUGAGGGGAGGGAGAUUGUUGUUAGAGACUCAAGCCGGUUCCACCACUUCAACCAGGGAUCUUGCUCCUGCAGUGACUAUUGGUGAGUGAAUUAUAAGCUUCUUCUGGCCUAAGUUUGGUGGAUACCUGGAGGCAUAAAUUGUUGUAGUUCAAUAACUUGCAAGAUUUCAUCUUUGAGGGGAUAUAAUCUUUUGAUCGCCAUCAUGAUUAUUCUAUGAUCACACAGCAAAUUAUUUCUAUAUGAUAUCAUCCUUGCUGCUGUAACAGUGUUGAAUAAAUGACAACACACCCCGUGUUAGUUUUCCAGCUUGGUCAGCGAUGUAAGAUAUAGACAUCAGGGUAUGUGAACUGGAUAAAUGGAAUGGGAGCAACAUACUGAAAGAUCUGAAGUGAUGAUCAAAUAUGCUGCUUAGUGUAGAUUAUAUUGUGGAAGUAUUUGGCACAGACAUAAUUUAAGAACAUUGCUUACAGAAAAGAUAUCUUGUCGAUAACCAUCAUUUUAUGAGAGCUACAGGAUUCAGUAUUCUUUUGUUAUUUUUUACCAGAGGCAAACAAGGUUCCCUGGUUCAAGAUUCUGUGUGUCAGAUUCGGUAUCAUGAUAGUAGGCAGAGCCUCUCAUCAACAUGGAAUGUUAAAGCAACAAAGAAGCUGUUUUAUAGUGGUAUAGGUGGAUCUUAAAUAUCAAACUGAGGAAGUUAAUGGGAAGUGAAUUUCUAUUUAGUGUGUUAGAAUCCUUUUUGUCAAGUACUUGAUUCACAAGCUAGAAAAUCUU